AGAAACAACCCCUAGUCCAAUUGAAACUAUUUUUAUGACUUGUCAGGAUUUAGAGUUGUGUCGUUGCCAAGGUAACAGUCCACCUUCAACUGCUGCGAUAAAGAAACAUGUCGGAGCCGCAGCAGGAGAAGCGCAAAUCGACCCCUAAACGGAUCUUCCUCAACCGCGUAGACUCCUACUCCUCCAGGAACAUCGCCAAGUUCCUGAGUAAGAGCAAGGCAGGCGUCGUAGCUGAUGAUGAUGAGGAGGAGGGGGAGCAGAAGGAAGAGGAGGUGUCCCAAUGCAGUCAAGCCUUCCAAGUGGUUGGAACUGUCUGUGAUCCAUCCAAUGAGCCCAGGCCGUAUUUGCUGGAAGAAUACUGUCAUCUUGACAGAGAGAACCUGCUGUCAAAGCUGAUGGAGUGUCAUGUUGUCAUCUACAACAUCAGCCAGGAUGCUGAGCAGGUGGAGGAAGCUACCUGGGCUGUCAAAGCUCUCCAUAAUCAGACAGAGAAUUUUUCCAGUCCGAAGCUCUUUAUCCUCGUCUCCUCUGUGAUGACAUGGGCCUCCAGCAGGCCCCUGGAUCCAGAUGAUCCGGAGCUUCCCUUUACUGAUGACAUUUUCUACUGCAGAAGAGCUCAUCCUAGCUUCAAACAGCACAUCGACCUGGAGAAGACAGUGGUGAAAAUCGGCAAAUCUAACAGAGAGAUUUUCUCCACCUAUGUGGUGGCAUCAGGCCUGCAGUAUGGAAUGGGAGAAGAGAUCUUCCACUACUUCUUCAAGGAAUCAUGGCUGGGAAAGGAAACUGAAAUAUCUGUGUUUGGAGAUGGGAAUAACGUCAUUCCCACCAUCCACAUCAGAGACCUGGCUAGCGUGCUCCAGAAUGUAAUCGAUAAUCAGCCCAGACCUUACUACCUGCUGGCUGUGGACUCGUCUCACUGCAGCAUGGAGGAGCUGGUGAAGGCCGUCACCUUUGUUCUGGGACCUGGAAAGAUUCGGAAAAGGCCUUUUGAGGACAUCUAUUUGAUCCAGGACUUGAGUAUGAGGGAAAUUGAUUCCUUCCGGGUCAACCUACAGAUGGAAGCAGUAAUCAUCAACAAACUUUUCUCCAUCAACUGGCAUUGUGAGUCUGGUCUGGUGGACAAUGUGGAGCUGGUGGUGGAGGAGUACCGACAGGCUCGGGGGCUUCUGCCUCUUCGGCUGUGCAUCCUGGGUCCUCCUGCAGUCGGGAAAAGCAGCUUGUCCACAGAGAUCUGUCAGCACUACAAACUCCAUCACAUUACUUUAAAGGAAACCCUCUCUGAGGCCAUCACCCGGCUGGAAGAAGCUGUGAAGAAUCCUGAUCCUGAUGCUGAGGACUCCGCAGCAAAGGCCCAAGAGCUGCUCCAAAGCCUGCAUGACAGCGUGGAAAAUGAUGAGGAGCAGAUCAAGCUGUUGAGGGAUAAGCUGAUGUCCAACCCAUGCAGAAACCAGGGUUAUGUCCUCGAUGAUUUUCCCAACACAUAUGAGCAAGCCAAUGAGCUGUUUGAAGAGGACCAGGAUGAAUCGUCUUCAUCCAGGAGGAUCAUGCCAGAGUUCCUGUUGUGCCUGGACGCCUCUGAUUCCUUCCUGACAGACCGAGUGAUCAACCUCCCCGAGGAAGUGGUGCAAGAGCUUGACUACGAGCCAGAGCAGUUUCUGAGCCGGCUGGCCAUCUACAGAGGGAACAACCAAGAGGACAAAACAGUUCUCAACUUUUUUGAGGAGCUGGAUGUCAGGCUUCUGUACCUGGAGGUCACCGGCUCCGAAGAACCCGCCAGCUCGUUGCUGAUGGAGAGGAUCUUCAGCACAUUAGGCCCCCCUAGGACAUACAGUCCCAGCUGUCAGGAGAUAGUGGAACAGAAGAGGAGGAAAGCAGAGGAGAAGAUGAGGAGAGAGGCAGAAGAGAGGGCCGAGGAGGAGCAGAGAGAGGAGGAAGAGGCCAGGAGCAGGACUGCAUGCUGGGAGGAGUGGACUCAGAGUUCAGAGGAGGCGAUGCUGAGGGAGGAGCAGGACCUUGAGAACCUGACUGUCCAGAUGAGAAGCUAUCUAAUGGAGCAUGUAAUGCCAACACUGAGCCAGGGUCUGAUCGAGUGCUGCAGAGCUCAGCCACCAGAUCCCCUGGACUUCCUGGCGGAGUACCUGUUCCGGAACAACCCGCUUGACCACCCUAGUAGAGAGGAUUCAUCUGUGAACCGUGGUGUUCCUGUGCUGUUUGAUUAAACUGAAUGUUACUUGUUGAAGGAAACCUGGUUGAGUUACGGUGUUUCUCUCUCAUUUGAAUUGUUCAAUGUUUGGACUCCUGAGUACUGGCCGUGACUCGAAAACAGCCAUUUGAAAGUGUGCAGCGAAUCCAGAAGCUCAUUAGAAAGUUAAUUUGUUUAAUGAACUAAGGAGCAACCACGCUCCGGUCAUAACAGCUCGGAUUUGGCUGUAGAUAUCUGGGAAGGAGAAACGGUACAAAAGGCAGCUAAUUUGCAGCUCUCUGGAGUUCCCACUCACAGCUCCAAAGUGUUCAUAAUUAGCUGCAACAGAAGCCCAAAUAAUUUCAUUGAACAUAAUCACUACGCAGGGAAAUUAGUGGGAAACACUGUGAUAAAUAACACAACAUGAAGAGAAAAGAGCAAUUCCCAUUCUGUAAUAAAUAUGUUGGCACAACGUUU